AUGGAACCUGAUGCUUUAGCUCGCUACGGUCCGCUUACAGUUAUAAUAUUCGGGCAGCUCAUUUCCGUAUCUGUUGUAUUUGAAAUCGUGGAGACGAAGAGCGACAAAUUGCGAGACGCCGUGUACGAAAUGCCUUGGGAGAGUAUGGACCAGAGUAACCAGCGAUCAGUGUGCAUAUUUCUACGACGUUCACAAACGUCAAUCCAGGUCACAGCCAUGGGAAUGACCAGUGUCGGUGUACAAACGAUGGUCAACGUCAGUAGCGCUUAG